UCUAUAUAAAGGGUAAUCCGCAAGAAGAGUCAUCCCUGCAACAAAAGAAAGAGCUAAUCAUCUUCCUUAAUCACAAAAAAAAAAAAAGAGGAAUUGAAAAAUGUCGGGAUUAAUAGAUAAAGCAAAGAUGUUCGUAGCAGAGAAGAUCGCAGAUAUGCCAAAGCCAGAAGCAAGCAUAGAAGAUGUGGAUCUUAAAGGUGUUAACAGAGAAGGUGUUACUUACAACGCUAAGCUUGGUAUUAUGAAUCCUUAUUCUCAAUCCAUUCCCAUUUGUGAGAUCUCCUACGUUCUUAGAUGUGAUGGCAGGGAGAUAGUAUCCGGGAACAUCGCAGACCCAGGAUCAAUUAGAGGAAAGGAGACGACAAUGGUGGAAGUGCCAAUGAAGGUGCCACAUAACAUAAUAGUGAGUUUGGUUCGGGAUAUUUUCAGGGAUUGGGACAUUGAUUAUGAGCUACAAAUAGGUCUCAUUAUCGACCUCCCUAUCAUUGGAAACUUUACCAUUCCUCUUUCUUCUAAGGGAGAGAUCAAGCUUCCCUCCAUUAAAGACUUUUUUGGCGGAGGAGGAGACGACGAGGACAAGAAGGAAUGAACAACGUACCUCCUUCAUAUACAUGUUUGAAACAAGAAUAAACAUACACCUUUUUUUUUUUUUUUUUUUUACACCUCUUGUCAUAGUUUCAUGAUGGGCACCCUUGGGCCUUGGUUAUACUACUAUUUAGGAAAAAAGUUUACUCUUGGGGGGUCUCACUUUUACUUUCACUUGUUUUGGUGCUUAGCUUGAGUUUUUAUACUAAUGAUCGAACUCAUUUGGUCUUAAA